CACUGCACAAUGACCACUUGCGACACAGCUCUACGACUGGCCAAACCCUCGCCGCAGCACAAAGUCCAUCCGCCGCGCGAUAAAGUCGGGCGUCCGCACCCCGUCCUUGUCGCCGCCCAAGUAGCCCGCGAUCCUCGCCGCUCCAACCGUCACGCCGACGACCGCUGCGACCCACGCCGCCUGCCACUCGCGCCCCUGCGUCACCUUGCGCCGCACCGAGUCGCGCUCGCCGGCGCGCCGCCGCCGAGGCGCGAGCGACCGCGGCGCGAUCGGCGACACGAGCAUGCGCACGCCGACGAGGCCGUGGUACGUCGCGAGGCUCGUCAGGGCCGCGUACGACGCCGCCGACCCGAGGCGCACGACGAGGUUCGAGUGGUUGAGCGCGAGGGACGAGAACGGACGAGAUGGGCGGCUCGGGCGAGGCGGGCAGCAGGCGGUGGAGCCAGACGUGGUGCAGGACGAAGGGCAGGAGGGCGUAGCCCGUCGCCUGGUGCAACGUCGGGAGCGGAACGAGAGCGCCCGUCGAAGCCGGUACCGCCGAGGGGACGACGAGCUCCUCGUCGGUCGUCGUCGUCGCGACGAGCUCGCCCUCGAGCUCGUCCACCUCGUCGACGGCGAGGUCGCGCUCGACCUCGUUGGCCCUUGCAAAGUCGGGGCCGACGAGCUCGUCGGCGUGGACGGUCGCGAGUUCCCUCGCGCGGCGCCUGACCUCGUCGCGGCGCACCUUGCGGCGCUCGACGCGCUCGACGACCUUGAGCCACCGCAGCACCAUGCCGCUCAGGACGUGCGCCGACAGCGAGCCCCACACCCACACCGGCUCGGUCCACUCGCCCUGGUACAGCUCGCGCGCGACGAGGAGGAACCCGUUGGCGCGGUUCUCGGCGCUCGUGAGGUACUUGGGCCGCUGCGGCAGGAGCGCGCUCAGCGGCGACGCGAGGUGCACGACGCCAAACAGGGCGAACGUGGCCGCGCUCGUCGUCUGGACGAGGCGCAAGGCCGGGUUGACGGUCUCGAGGAUCGUGAGCGUCGCCGAGUCGCCCGCCCAGUCCUUGGUGCGGGCGCGCCGCGAGCGGCCGCUGCCCUGCGCAUCGGCGACCGAGGCCUCGGUCGAGGUGGGGAGGUCGACUCGGGGGAGGGGGACGUGGCGUCGGCGGGCGCGGGUCGCGCUGGUGCAGGCAUGUCGAGAGCGAGCACGAGCGUGAUCAUGACCUCCCUCGAACGCGCUCAGACGGCGACCGAGUGCCUCCUCAAACCCGCUCCUGCUCCUCCUCCUGCUCCCGACCCGCUCCUCGGCGCCGCCGACGCCCUCGCCUUGCGCCGCUCGUCCGCCGCCGACGCCCUCGACGAAGCCGUCGACGUCGACGCCCGCUUGAGGAACUGGCGCUCGUUCCACUCGGCGUCGUCGUCGUCGCUGCUGCUCAUGCUGUCCUCGACGAUCGGCGAGUCGACGGGAGGCGGGGGAGCGACACGAGGCUUCUUGCCGGCGAGCGAUGGAGGGCGAGAGGCGGGCGCGUCGAGGAGAGGGAGCGGCGGCACGGCCGAGUGCGACGAGGUCGACGAGGAGGAAGACGGGGGCGCCUUGGUCGACUUGCGCGGCUUGGCGCCGCUCGACGACGACGAGGUCGAGGCCUUGCUGACGGGCUUCUCGAGCUCCUCGACCCGCCUCGCUUUGGUCACGCGACUCUUCGGGCCGAGGACCGUCUCGUCGGCGACGAGGCUCGACGCGCUCGUCUCCUCGGGCGCAGGCUCGUCGUCCUCGGGCUCGUCGACGACUGGCGGCGCCGCUGCCACGGCCGCACGCUGCGUCCGCACGGCGUCCUUCUUGGCCUGGAGGAGCGCCGCGCCGCGGCUCGACGACAGCGAGUGCGACAAGUCGUCCUCGGCGUCGGCGUCGCCACGACGAGGAGCCGAAGGUUCGAGCUCAGGCUCGGGCUCGGGCGUCGGCGUCCUGCCCGUGCGAGUCGAGCGCGACGACGACGACGAUGCGGCGAGGACGACCACCGGCGGCGCGAGGAGCGACGAGGCGCGGCGCUUGCCCCUCGCUGCGCUCCGCACCGCGACCGUGGCCGGCACCGAGGGCGACUCGAGCUCGGGCUCGGCAUCGCCGUCCUGGUUGUGCCCAGGCGCCGGCACGGGCUCGACCUCGCCGUCGUCCUCCUCGGCCAUGCCAAACUCGCUGCUGCCCGCGCUCGCGAGCCCAGGGCGGAGCAUGCCCGACACGCGGCGCUUGGGGCGCGACGACGACGACGAGCCGCCGGUGCCGCUGCUGCUCGCCGUGGUCGGCGGCGUGAGCGCGUCGUGCGAGGUGGCCGAGGGGGCUUUGGGCGGGGCGCGCGGCGCGCGAGCUGGGCGCGAGAGGGUCGAGAAAGGCGGGGUAGAGGCGGCUGGGGAGGGUGGGCUGGGAGGCGAGACGGGCGUGGGAAGGGCAGCUGAGGUGGACGCGACGGGAGGUCGGGCGGCGCCGCCAUGGACGACCUCGCUGCGCGUGCGGCGAGUGACCUCCUUCGAGAGAGCGAGAUGUUGGCGUGCGGGUCGGCGGUCGGGUCGGCGGACGAGGUGGAAGCGACUGGAGCGACAGGUUCUGCAGGACGAUGGGCCGGUCAGCUCGGUUUCGGGACCGAGUGCGAGAUGGGGGCGCACCUGGCUGCGGUGCUUGAGGGAUGCGUGGCUCGGGCGAGGGCAUGGGCGUGGCGCCGGUCGGGAGCAUGAGGUGGACGGCCUGGAGCGCGGCCGAGGCGUGGGCGAGAGCUCGGCGCAUGGCCUGCGGUCGAGUGAGGGUGAGCGGCGCAGCUCUCGGGUUGCAGAAGGCGAAGGAGGUGGAGCUCACCUCGACUUGGUCGGGGUCGUAGGGCGAGGCGGGUGCUCGUCGGAGGCGGUCGCGCUCGUCGAUCAACUGGCGCUCGCGGUCGUCUGCGCGGUCGAGGCGGUCGCGCAGGGCGGCGUUCUCGCACUCGAGCUGGAACUGGGUGCCCUUGAGGGCGAGACGCUCGCCGCGCAUGAGCGAGAUCUGGCGCUGGAGGUCGGCAUUGGUCCUGUUUGUCGCGGCGGGGGGUUCAGCUCGGGGUCGAGGACGAGAGGAGAUGGCCGUCGCGCCUUCACCCCCGCCGACAAGCAACAUCUCGCCCACUUGCUCAGCACCAUCCCGCCCGACAAGCGCGGCACCCCCUCGACUCACAAGGAGAUGGAGCGACGCUACCCCGAGCACACCUACCAGGCCUGGAUGAACCACUACAAUCGGGUCGACAAGGACGGCAUCGACCGCCUCAUCGAGGGCAUCCGCCGACAGCGCCAGCGCGACAACAAGGCCGCCCGCUCGGCAAAGGGCCAAGGGCGCGCUCGCGACGACGACGACGACGACGACGACGACGACGACGACGAGCACGAUCAUCCCGCCGACGACACCGCGCCGCCGGCCAAGAAGAACAAGAAGAAGCGCAAGGCGCUCGAGCUCCCUCGCCCCUCGUCCUCGUCCUCCUCCGACGACGACUCGGACGCGCCGAGGCGCAAGCCUCGCUCCAACGCGCGCAAGAAGUACACCGACGACGACUUCAAGCAGCUCGUUCGCGUCCUGUACCGCGCCGAGCAGGAGAGCUGGCUCAAGCAGCGCAUCUACACCGAGCUCGAGGCCUACAAUCCCGACCACUCGGUCCAGUCGUGGCAGACGUACCACCGCGACCACCGCGACGCCGUCGACCAGUCGCUGCGCGAGUACCGCAAGCGCAUGAAGGUCGCCAAGCAGACCAAGAAGGACAAGAAGCGCCGCAAGCGCGACGCAACGACUGAGUCGGCCGCGUCGUCGACGCUCCCGCCGCCGCGCAAGAAGCAGAAGCAGAAGCAGGACCCGAUCGAGCUCCGCAGCGACGACGACGACGACGACGACGCGCCCGGCCCGUCCACCCAGGCGCAGCCUCGUCCUGUACCUGUCGCGAGCAGCAGCAGCAAGGCGGCGCACCCUGUCGCGUCAACGUCGACGUCAGCCGCCCAAGCCGCCGCCGCCACCUCGACCACGGCCGCACCCGCUCGCGCCCCUCGCGCCUCGCUCCCCGCCCAGCCCACCGCCUCGGCACCCGCCAAAGCCCCUCCUGAGGGCGAGCGCGAGGAGGCCGAGGCGGCGCCGUUCGGCGAGCAGGACACGGCGGAGCUCGUGUACCAGCUCGCGCGCGCCGAGCUCAACGGGUGGGACAAGGACACGGUCUGGGUGUACAUGGCCAAGAAGCUCGGCCGCUCGCCCGACGACUGGCACGCCUACUACCUCGCCAACGUCGUCGACCUCCUCCUCAAGGUCGCGCACAAGGUCGGCGAGCUCCUCGCGGCGCAGCAGCGCAAGCGCGACGCCACGGCGGCGGCGGCGGCGGCUCAGCAGGAGAAGGACGAGGCCGACCGGUUCGAGCGCGAGCGCGCGGAGGCGGCAGCGGCGGCGGCGGUGGCAGAAGAGGAGCGCGUCCGGCUCGAGAAGGAGCGCGAGGACGCGCAGCGCCGGGCGCGCGAGGCCGAGGAGCAGCGCGAGCGCGAGGAGCAGGCGCGGCUCGAUGCCGAGGAGGAGGCGCUCAAGCGGGCGGCGGCUGAGGCUGAGGAGCGCGAGGAGCGGGAGCGGGUCGAGCGUGUCGAGGCGGACAAGGUGCGGGCGGAGAAGACGCGGCAGGCGAGGCGGGAGAAGGACCGCGCGAGGAGGAAGGAGGGAGCCUCGACCUCGCCGCCGCCGUUCUCGUCGCAAGAACAACGCCCUGUCGCUGUCAAGCCUACCUCGACCGCCCAGCCCGCCGCCCCGACCGUCCUCACGCCGCGCAGCACCCCUCCUCUGCGCGCCGCCGCCGCGCCGCUCUUCCUCCCGUCGUCGCCCACUACGCGCGCCUCGAUCGAGGCCAUGUACGGCCCCGACCUCGCCGCCAUCGACGAGGAAGACGACCAAGCGCUUCCUGCGCCCGACGCGUCCGGCAGCUCGCUGCCGCACCUGUCGCAGUACUCGGUCGCGCCCUCGCCGUUCCUCGACGGUCAUGUGCUCGCCUCUCGGCGCCAGAACGGCGGCGACGCGGACGAGCUCGGCUCCGGCGCCGACACGGACGACCGCGAGCUCGACGAGCAGCUCAAGGCGGCCGUCGCCCCGACGGUCAAGGUCGAGCGCGACGACGACGACGCGCGGUUCGAGCUCGAGCAACAUGCCGUUCACGACGACAGCGACGACGUGUCGAUCUGGGACCCGCUCCUCGACGUCGAGUACAACCUCAUCAUCGACUCGCACGAGCUCGUCGAGGCGCUCUCGGCACGGGCCGCCGCCGCCGCCGCCGCCGAGCUCGACGCAGGCCCGCUCACUGCCGAGCAGCCGACAGCGUCGAGCAGCAAGAAGCGCCGCAGGACCGAGUCGCCCGCUCGUGCGACGACCGACGAGCUCGAGCAGCACGAGCACGAGCAGCCGGCGAGCAAGCGCCAGCGCGUCGUAGACGAGCAUGUCGUCGAUGCACCUCUUGUCGCACAACCUGCGCAGGGGCCCGCGACCGUCGACGUGGCGCCGGCGCCCCCCCUGCGCUCGAGCCCCUCCGUCCCGCGCCGGGUCCCUCGCGCCUCCCUCGCCGCCGUCGCGAGCGCCUCCCCGGCGCCUCCCGCUCCAGCACCCGUCGCCGCCCCGGCACCUGCGCCGACGCCGACGCCGGCGCCGAGCGCGACCGCCCGCCGCCCGCUCAAGGACGAGCUCGCGGCCGUGAGCGCCGCGUCGGGCCUGUCGUACACGGCCGUGCGCGACCUGUACUUCUGCGUGUCGGCCCUGAGCGACCUGUCGAUCCUGCGCGACGUCGCGCUCUUCUUCUCGCCGCCGGCGGCGGCGACGGCGGCGGGGCAGAGGCUCGAGGAGGGGACGGCCGAGUGGGAGCGUGCGAGGAGGAGGGUCGACAAGUACGUGUGGAGCGCGAGGGAGGACGAGGUGGUGCUCGAGGGGACGGACGAGGCGAGGGCGCGAGUCGACGAGCGCAAGGGCGCCGGGUCGGUCGAGCGCAGGAGGGAGUUCCUGCGGCGCGCCAAGAUGACCAAGAUUGCCGACCUGAGGGCGUCGUUGUACUCUCGCAAGGCCUAGCUGCUUCUCUCUGUCGUGUUGCCAUCAACCCCAUAGCUUUUCCGGC